AUGGCGGGGGAGGCCAAGGAGCCGGAGGCGGCCGCCCACUCCCAGGGCGAGGGGUCCAAGGCCAAGGCCAAGAAGCCCAAGGCUGCGGCGGCCGCGGCCGCCCAGGACGGGGAGGGGGCCAAGGCCAAGGCCAAGAAACCUAAGCCGGCUGCUGCGGCCGCGGCCGCCGAGGAGGGGGAGGGGUCCAAGGCCAAGAAGCCUAAGGCGGCUGCGGCCGCCGAGGAAGGGGAGGGGGCCAAGGCCAAGAAGCCUAAGGCGGCUGCGGCCGCCGAGGAGGGGGAGGGGGCCAAGGCCAAGAAGCCUGCGGCUGCGGCCGCGCCGGUGGCGGCGAUGGCGGAGGCGGAGGUGGAGGAGCUGCCCAAGGCCAUCGUGCGGCGGCUGGUCAAGGACAAGCUCGCCCGGGCCGCGUCCGGCGGCGAGGGGGCAGAGGGAGGGGCCGAGGUGAUUGUCAACAAGGACGCCAUGGCCGCCUUCGCCGAGGGCGCCCGCAUCUUCAUCCACUACCUCUCCGCCACGGCUAAUGAUGUGUGCAAGGACGGAAAGAGGCAGACGAUCAACGCGGAGGACGUCUUCAAGGCGCUCGAUGAGAUCGAGUUCCCCGAGUUUGUGGAACCCCUGAGGACUGCACUGGAAGAGUUCAGAAGCAGAAACGCAGCCCGGAAACCAGCAUCAGGCAAGAAGCAGUCUGAAAAGAAGAGGAAACUGGAUAAAGAGGCAGUGCCCGAAGAGCAUAACGGUGCAGCCGAUGAAGCCAACGUGGACGGGGAUUAG